AUGCAGCUAACACUCUGUGGCCGUGUCGCCAACCGCAUCAGCAGCGACUUCCCUUGCAGCUGUGCUGCCCAAGCACAGCCGUGCCCCAUUGCCUCUUUAUCUGUGCUUGUGCCUGAAUCCUGCAGGCUAGCCGUCAUGGGAGGCCAUCAGCGGUUCUUUCACCCCAACUGGUUCUCUCGGUAUAUUUGGGGCAUAAUUGCCAGCGUCAACUUGGGCGGCUUCCUGGCUGAUCAGCAGUAUGGCGUGGACCGUUCCAAGAAUCCAAAUAUCAUGUGGCCGUGGUGGCAUGAGAUCAUGCGCAAGAAAGAAAAGGGCGAAAUUCCAAUGGACAUGCCCGGCUACAUGCUGGCGAAAUUUCGCAAUGAGUCCGAAGAGAGGUGGACGGCUGAGAGGAGCCACGAGUUUGAGGAGUACUUGAGCACCAUGGGUGCUGAAGAGUGA